GCUUCCCACAGACGCGAGGGACCUUCAGACUCCACUCGACGCACUUCGUUCCAGUGCUGAGCCGAGCCAUGCUUUCCCACGUCUUGAGGAGCGCAGGGCUGCGUUGGAAGCACACCUCCUCUCUGAAGGUGGCCAAUGAGCCCAUCUUAGCGUUCACUCAGGGCAGCCCCGAGCGGGAGGCACUGCAGAAGGCUCUGAAGAACCUGAAAGGCCAGACAGAAGCCAUCCCCUGUGUUGUCGGGGACGAGGAGGUGUGGACUUCUGAUGUGCAGUACCAGCUGUCGCCCUUUAACCAUGGACACAAGGUGGCCAAGUUCUGUUAUGCAGACAAGGCCUUGCUCAACAAAGCCAUCGAAGGUGCCUUGGCUGCCAGGAAAGAGUGGGACCUGAAGCCCGUGGCAGACCGGGCCCAGAUCUUCCUGAAGGCGGCAGAUAUGCUGAGCGGGCCACGAAGGGCUGAGGUUCUCGCCAAGACCAUGGUGGGACAGGGAAAAACCGUGAUCCAAGCGGAGAUCGACGCUGCAGCGGAGCUCAUCGACUUCUUUCGAUUCAACGCCAAGUUCGCCGUGGAGCUGGAGGGGGAGCAGCCUAUCAGUGUGCCACCCAGCACCAACCACGUGGUGUACCGGGGUCUGGAGGGCUUCGUGGCAGCUAUCUCCCCCUUCAACUUCACCGCAAUCGGAGGCAACCUGGCGGGUGCACCCGCCUUAAUGGGCAACGUGGUCCUGUGGAAGCCCAGUGACACUGCCAUGCUGGCUAGCUAUGCCGUCUACCGCAUCCUCCGGGAGGCUGGCUUGCCUCCCAACAUCAUCCAGUUUGUGCCAGCUGAUGGGCCAACGUUCGGGGACACGAUCACCAGCUCAGAGCACCUCUGUGGCAUCAACUUCACAGGCAGUGUGCCCACCUUCAAACAUCUGUGGAAGCAGGUGGCCCAGAAUCUGGACCGUUUCCGUACCUUCCCACGCCUGGCCGGAGAGUGUGGCGGGAAGAAUUUCCAUUUCGUGCACAGCUCGGCCGAUGUGGACAGCGUGGUGAGCGGGACGGUGCGCUCGGCCUUCGAAUAUGGUGGUCAGAAGUGCUCAGCCUGCUCGCGCCUGUACGUUCCCCAGUCUCUGUGGCCACAGAUCAAAGGGCGGCUGCUGGAGGAACACAGCAGGAUCAAAGUGGGCGAUCCUGCAGAGGACUUUGGGACCUUCUUCUCCGCAGUGAUUGAUGCCAAGGCCUUCGCCCGCAUCAAGAAGUGGCUGGAGCAUGCACGCUCCUCCCCCAGCCUCAGUGUCCUGGCGGGGGGCCAGUGCAAUGAGUCAGUGGGUUACUAUGUGGAGCCGUGUAUCAUUGAGAGCAAGGACCCACAGGAGCCUAUCAUGAAGGAGGAGAUCUUUGGUCCAGUGCUCACAGUGUAUGUGUACCCCGAUGAGAAGUACAGAGAGACGCUGCAGCUGGUUGACAGCACCACCAGCUAUGGCCUCACGGGGGCAGUGUUCGCCCAGGAUAAGGCAAUUGUCCAGGAGGCCACGAGGAUGCUGAGGAAUGCCGCUGGCAACUUUUACAUCAACGACAAGUCUACUGGGUCCGUGGUGGGCCAGCAGCCCUUCGGGGGUGCCCGGGCCUCUGGAACCAAUGACAAACCGGGAGGCCCCCACUACAUCCUGCGCUGGACAUCGCCCCAGGUCAUCAAGGAAACUCAUAAGCCCCUGGGGGACUGGCGAUAUUCCUACAUGCAGUGAGCUCUGCUCAUCACCUGUACCAUCCACCUGUCUGUCCAUCCAGAUGACUGACAUCUCUGCACUGACCCCCCCACCCCCGCUCCCCACCAGCUCCUCCUGGACUCUUUGCAGUUGAACUUGAUCCAGUCCUGGCCUUUGGGCUGCAUCCUGACCCCUCCUCAUUUGGUGUCAGGUGCCCAGGCUUUGGCUUUGGGUUAUACUGGGGAGGAAGAAUCAGUUCACCCAGAAAUCUCAUCUUCUACGAAACACCCUGGUGCCUGGCAGGCUCUCCAUCUGUCUGCUUCUGUCCCCUCAUCCCAGGCCUGGUGGCUCGGAGACACUCGGGACAGAGAGACACUCUCGGGACCCUCUGGGGAAAGGAGAUAGCUUUGGUGAAUCUCCUCAUCACUCAGACCCCUGACCUUGGCCUUGGCCCUUCCACAUACCAGUGAGAUAGGACCUCAGUCAGGAGGCUACAGGGGUGCCAGUUGGCUUCGCCCCUUGGUCUGCUAGAUCCUCCUGCAGGCACUUGUGCCCAGCCAUAUGCCUUAGACCCAUGUGCCUUCCUCUAGGUCGCCUGGGUGUCCCUGAGCCCUCACCCCUCCUGGCCAUCUGCUGGGAGUGUGGUCAUCUGGGAAACCUUGAGGUGGGCCUCCAUUUUAUGCUCUUGUCAGAGCAGCCAGCCCAGGGGUGGCUAGGGUGAGUUCCUACUUGAGUCCUGGAUGAUGUUGUUGAGAGCGUUCCCCUUUAAGGGCUCCACAUAGAGCUGGUAUGGCUGUCCCCAAGGGCCACUCCAGGUCACUACAAUCUACACUCAGAGGCAGGUACCGGUACCAGGCCAGCUCUGAGUUCUGCUUCCUUUCAGGGUCUUUGCUGUCUCCCAGGGAGCAGGGCUGGGCUGCAGUGGUCCUAGUUCUGCUGGUUCUAUAUGGAGAGAGGGUGGGGUACACUUACUUCCACCCAGAAAAACACCAGCUACCCAGUCAAAGUUGUGGUGGCUGAGGAGGGAGAUGAGGGGCUGGCUAGCUUCUCUGUCCCAAUCUAGUGUAUUGCCAGUGUCUAGUCAUAAGGUGCAUUCGACGACCUUGGUGGGAUGGGUGGGCUCUGAGCCUGGGGAGUCCCUGCUAGAGGAAGUAGUGACUCUGGAGCCUGAUCUGAACUCUGGUUUUAGAUCUUGGCUUUCUCUCUCCCACCAAUGUGAUUGUCAAAAAAUUAUGCAAAUUCCCCAACCUUCCAUCUCUCCAGCUCUAAAAUGGCGACGAUUCCCCGUGUACACAGAGUAUCAAGUGAGCUAAUCCAUGAGGAUUCUGGACAGCGCAAGACAAGUGAUCAGACCUUUCACCUUUUUGCACAUUGUUCCACCACCACCACUGUGUGCUGUGUGUCAAUUUUGCUGGGCCACAGCCCCCAGAGAUCUGCUCAGCCAUUGUCAAAGUUUCUGUAAAGGUAUCUUUUGGAUGAGAGUAAGAUUUAAAUAAGUGGGCUUUUAAAAUUUUUAUUGUGUUUGUGUGUUUGUAUAUACACACAUUGUGUGUACUGGUUGCCCACAGAGGCCAGAAGGGGAGGAUUAAAACAGUUGGGGCUGGUGUUGGCAGGCAUUUGUGAGCUGUGCAGUGUGGGUGCUCAGAUCCAAACUCUAGGUGUCUGACAGGGCAGUGAGCACUCUAACCAAUGAGCCAUCUUUCCAGCCCCCAGCGUGUUUGUUUUGAGGCAUGGUCUUGCUGUGUAGCCCAGAUUGACCUCAAAUCCGGAUGCCUCAGCCUCCCGAGGGCUGGGUUUUGGGUGUCUCUAUGCCUGACUGUAGGAAGCACAGCAGAUUUUUUUUUCAUAGUGUGAAUGGACCUUGAAUGAUCAGUUGAAUAUUAAAAUACAGCAGUGGAUGAGCUCGCCCAGGUGGGGAAUUUGCCAGCAGCUUCUCUCUGGAGGCAGUUCUUCCCUGGCCUUCCCACCCUCCCUCCAUCUGUCUCCUCAUACCCAUCUUCCUCCCUUUCCGCACCCCAUGGAGU